UCAAGCGUAGUGUUUUUGCUAAAAGAAAAACCAAAAGUCUGCGAAGAAAAUCGGGAAUCUUCGAGCUUCACUAAUUAGACUUUACUUUUUGGUCUGCAAACUGUUUGGACAAGAAAUAAAGGCAACCUAUGGCACGAGGUAUGGUAGGCGGGCAGGCGGGCAACAAUAUAUGUGUCACGAUGCAGAACCUCUUGAGAAUGAGUGGAAGCAGAAGAAUGUAGCUUAUAUUUAAGAUUCAUUUAGACUAGUAGCAUUCGCCAUUCCACGAUCUGCUCGUACACAGAUGACAACACAAAACAAUGCGGGAAGUGGGUCAUGUCUCAGACAGAUUAGCAAGCCUCGAACAAUGGGCUCAAACUCACAAAACCCAACUGGGGUUUGUGCUCAUAACUUCUGUGGCCAUAGGGGUGGGAGCCCAAGUGCACAAAACCCAGAAACCCAUGAAAACAGUGGCAACAAGUAUAAAACUAGCAGACAGUGUUCUCAAAGGACUCAACACCAUUCAGAUUCUCCACUCCCCGACACCUUCCCACAUAAUUUUCUUGACCCUGGGGGCCUGUAAAGCCCUGGCCAAGGGAGCCAGCAAGGGCAUCCUAAUACAAGACAAAAAUGGCAGCUUUAAGAAGCUCUCGAAGACCCUCAAGGCCUCAGAGGGCGCCCUUAAUCUUGUCAGGUACAGCAGCGCAUUGGGUGCAGCUGACCCAUGGGAUUAUGUGAUUAGAGGCUACAAAUUGUCUAAGAGCGUUUUCAAUGUAGUUGAUGGUGUGAAUGGGGUCCGGGCUGUAGCUGCCAGAGGAUACGGUGUCAUAAAGGGCGGGCUAGAGGGUGUGGGCGUCGUUAUUAAGGCCCUUGUUUUAUCCAAGAAAGUGUAUGGGAUUUUAUUUCAGGGAUUUGGGAUUUCGCAUGGUGCCUUUAGGAUCAUUUCAGAGGAAUACAUGAAAAAGGAGGAGGAGAACCAAGAGGAAUGUGUAUCGAUGAAGAAAAGACAGAGAGUUUCUGGUUUGCAGGCUCAUGGGCUUGCUGAAAUUGGCUUUGAUAAGGUUUCUCCUUCAACAUAUUUAUUGGCCAGUGUGCUUGUCGCCCAUCAAACCCCGGCGUACGAUUUGGAUUGUCUUCUCUCUCUUUCAUUUCCUUGUCAAUCAGAGCAAUUUUGCUGCAGAUGAUCAGGUAUCUUUGCUUUCAAAUUCGUUCGAGUUUCUGUAAAUUCCCCUUUUCCGGUUGGUGGGUGCGUAUAUGGCACUCGGCUGGGUGCCUUUUGGGUGUACAAUUGUUUUGAGCUUCAGCUCUGUCGAUUGGUUUUAUGGAUGACCUUUUUUUUUUUAUGGGUCUGUACCUUUAUCUGGGGUUAGAUGUAAAAGGUGCCCUUUUCUUGAUUUCUAAUUCAUCUACAGUGUAAUUGAAAAAUCGAGAGCAAGUUAAACGACUUGACAUGGGCA